AUGCUGAGCUGCUCUCGACCUGACCCGCCUUCCCUGCUCGAGGCACUCGAACCAGUCUUCAACAUGAGAUCCAUUCGACCUGUCAUAAAUGUGUCAACCCCCACCAACGUCAGCAUUGACUUCACUCUGUUUGGCAUUUUGGGGGUGAAAUGGAGAAAUGAGUUUGUCAGUAUGGAGAAGAACUCCGCUCCAUUUGUCCCAUACAGCUAUCUGUUUUCUAAUGGCUUCGUGUUUGAUGAACAGCCUGUCAAAGUGAUCAGCUCCUGCAGGCUCGACAUCUACACGUUUCCAUUUGACAUCCAGACCUGCUGUUUAAGCUUCAACUCCUACUUACUCUCUAUGGCUGCUAUGCCAAUUGACCGGUCAUUAACUGCAGAGGAUAUAUUUAGAUUAUCUAAAGAAGUGAUGACAACUAAGGGUGAGUGGGAACUAGUUGGACUCACAACGAAGACAUUCAUACUACCAGCUGGGAAGUACGGACUGUACCAAGAGAUUCGCUUCUACGUGUCAGUGAGGCGCCGGGCCACCCUCUAUGUGGUGAACCUGCUGAUCCCCAGCUGCUUCCUCAUCACAGUGGACCUCUUCAGCUUCCUGCUGCCUCCCCAGACUGUGGACCGGUCCGCCUUCAAGAUGACCCUCAUCCUGGGCUACACCGUCUUCCUGCUCAUCAUGAAUAACCUGCUGCCUAUUACUGGAAACACCAUACCUCUCAUAAAUGUGUUCCUGUGUCUGUGCCUGGCUCUGAUGGUGGCAAGUCUACUGGAGACUAUCCUCAUCACAAACCUGCUGUGUGGCUCCGCUCACUACUCCCCAGUCCCUCACUGGGUCCGAGUGUUUGUUCUUCACAUCCUCGGCCACCUUGUACGGCUUCCUCCAAAGCCCAGAGAUCUAGACAGCACAGUCAUCCAAAAUCCUUCCGCACAAGAAAUGAAAGUCUCUUCUCUGGUGGCGGAGGACAGCGAGGCUCCAGAACAGAAGGGGCCGCUGGAUGAGGACAAGGCCCUGCAGGAGCUGAGGAGCCUGGGCAGGGAACUCCAGGUCAUCCGCCUACAGGUGGAGCAGCAGCUGAGCAAAAGCCAGAGCCCGGAGGAGUGGAUCCAGGUGGGUUUCAUCAUAGACCGCCUGCUGUUCGGCCUCUACAUCCUCUUCAUAUCAGUCAGCUUCUUUACCAUCAUCAUUAUCUGGGUGCAGUCAUACAACAAAUCCUGA